AUGUCCUACUAUCCACCUUACUCGGGCCCGCCCGGGUACCCUCCGCAGCAAUAUUCCUAUCCUCCGCAGCAGCAGAGCUAUGGCUCCCCGCCCCAAUAUCAGCAGCCACAGAUGAAUCCUCACCACUCACACCACCACUCGUCCUACGGGGGCGGUGGUUACCCCGGCCAGGCUUAUCGCCAACAGCAGCCUCCCAGCAACCCUUACCCCUACAGCCAGCCCUCUCCUCAGCAGUACCAAGGAUCGCAACCCCCUCAAAACGGAUACAAUGGUGGCUACCCUUCUGCCAGCCAAGGCCCGAUGUAUGGGGGCCGGCCAGGUAUCGCCGAUGUCUACCAUAACUCCUACAACCAAGGCAACCACAGCGCCCCUCCGCCGCCGCCCAGCGAACCCGUCAGCUUCGGCCAAGGCGCGCCGCAGGGUUACAACUUCCAGUACUCGCGCUGCACGGGCAAGAGAAAGGCGUUGCUGAUCGGUAUCAACUACUUCAACCAGAAGGGCCAGCUGCGCGGAUGUAUCAACGAUGUCAAGAACAUGUCCACCUACCUAAACCAGAACUUCGGUUACGCUCGCGAAGACAUGGUCCUCCUGACGGAUGAUCAACAAAACCCCAUGAGUCAACCCACCAAGGCUAAUAUUCUUCGGGCUAUGCACUGGCUCGUCAAGGAUGCCCAGCCGAACGAUUCGCUCUUCUUCCACUAUUCUGGACACGGUGGACAGACGCCUGACCUCGACGGUGACGAAGACGACGGAUACGACGAAGUUAUCUACCCGGUCGAUUUCCGGGCUGCCGGCCACAUUGUCGACGAUGAGAUGCACCGGAUCAUGGUCAAACCGCUGCAGCCGGGUGUCCGACUGACGGCUAUCUUCGAUUCCUGUCACUCGGGUUCCGCACUCGACUUGCCCUACAUCUACUCGACCCAGGGUAUCCUCAAGGAACCCAACUUGGCCAAGGAGGCGGGCCAGGGCCUGCUGGGUGUGGUUUCGGCUUACGCGCGUGGCGACAUGAGCGGCAUGAUGUCGACGGCCGUUGGGUUCUUCAAGAAGGCGACCAAGGGCGAUGAGGCGUACGAGCGCACCAUCCAGACCAAGACCAGUCCAGCCGACGUUAUCAUGUGGUCCGGCAGCAAGGACGACCAGACCAGUCAGGACGCCCAGAUCGCCGGCCAGGCUACCGGCGCCAUGUCCUGGGCCUUUAUCAGCGCGCUUCGCAAGAACCCGCAGCAGAGUUACGUCCAGCUGCUGAACAGCAUCCGAGACGAGUUGUCCACCAAGUAUACGCAGAAGCCGCAGCUGAGCUGCAGCCAUCCCUUGGACGUGAAUGUGCUCUAUGUUAUGUAA